AUGGAGUACACAGAAAAUCCUGUGAAAGAAUCAAACGAACAUUUACUGUUAAACAUAUCUGAAUCUGAUUUGGCAACUCAGCUGGAAAAUUCUUCGGAAGGAAUGAAAAUUCCGCUUUAUAUUUAUAUUAUAGCCUCUCUGCUAAAUGCAGCAAUAUUUCUUGUUGGAACUGUUGGGAAUAUCCUGGUGAUUAUUGUUGUAAUAAGGGUUAGAAAUAUGCGGACUCCUACAAAUGUGUUCUUGCUGAACCUUAGUGCUGCUGAUGUUUUGGUGUUAGUUGUUUGUCAACCAGCCGGCCUCCUGGAAUUCUUUGGAAAAGAUAGAUGGUUUCUUGGAGGGAUCAUGUGCAAACUUGUACCUCUGAUGGAGAACGGAGUGCUACAUGUGUCUAUAUUGACUAUGUUAGCAGUAACGUUUGAACGCUACAAUGCCUUGUGUCAUCCCUUUAAAUACCGCAUGGCUUCUACAAUAUCCGUUACUAUAAAAACAAUCGUUGGCAUCUGGAUCGUUGGAACAAUUUUGACUUUACCAUUCUUGGCUAUGACUGAACACGAGGACGCAUUAUUUUAUGACGGGUCUCCAAUUAAAGUAUGCCGUACAAAAGUGAACGAAAUGUGGCGCUACUGUUACACAAUAUUCAUAUUCAUCGCUUUCUUUGCAUUGCCUUUAUUCAUAUUGAUAGGCCUUUACACUCUUAUUAUCAAACAGUUGAUGUCAGACAAGUUAAAAUCCUUGGCGCAGAAUAAUCGAACGGCAGUAAACACACAACGAUCGAGAAAGCAAGUUGUUCAGAUGCUCAUAUUUAUCAUUGUGCUGUUUUUCGUAUCACUUUUCCCAAUCAGAGUCUUUUCGCUCUGGCUUAUUUUCACGCCUCCAGCAGAAGCAAUGCAAAUUGGCCUAGAAGCAUAUCUUAACCUGAUAUCAUGGGCUAGAAUUCUGAUGUAUAUCAACAGCGCAGGAAACCCGAUAAUAUACAGCUUGACAUCGACAAAGUUCAAAAGUGCAUUCAAGAGGGUACUAAGGCGAAACAACAAUUUUCAGACAGGUGGUGUGACAUCAACUAAAUAUAGCUUCAAGCGGAACCAAAAUAGACCUGGUAAUAUAGUUACUACUCCUUUGUCACGUUUAAGUGGUACAAACCUAUCCUCAGUAAGAUCAAAACUGUCUAGGAAAACUUCCUCGUCCAGCUCACGAGGCAGACAGUGCAACCCGCAAGAGUACGAUUAA